AUGUUCAACGACCACGUCAAUACAUUGGUCGCGAGUGUCGCAAAUCACUACUGGUUUGUCCUCGCUGUCGGAGGCAUCUCAUGGAUCUUGUCCACUAAGUAUCUCACGCCUUUACGAAAGCUUCCUGGACCUCUUUUUGCGUCGUUCUCGAAAUUCCCUAGGUUCUUCUCUGUCCUGCGAGGCCGUCCCCAUGAAUGGGAAUUGGAAGCACACCGCAAGUACGGCAGGAUCGUCCGAACUGGGCCGGAGCAGGUGUCAGUCGGCGAUCCGGCGGCGAUUAAUCUCAUAUAUAACGCUUCCGAUAAGUUCGUAAAGUCACAAUUUUACCUUCCGUUUCAUAUUUACGACGAGGAAGGCAUGCUCCCAGACCCUCUCGUAUUGACGGACAAGGCAAUGCAUACGCGAAUGAAACGGAAUGCGUAUAAUGCCUACUCCAUGGGCUCCAUGUUGGAGUUGGAGCCUCUCCUAGAUGGGGUCACGGACCGGUUUUUCACCAUCCUCGAUAAAAUAGCUGAAUCUGAGGGCGAACCUUGUGAUUUGGGAAAGUGGCUACGAUUCUACGCGACUGAUGUUAUUUUCACGGUUACCUUUGGUGAAGACCUGAAUUUCAUGGAGAAGGGAGAUCCGAUUGGCAUGAUGCCCAUGCUAGAGUACAUCAUUGGUGACUACGUAGCGAUUGUGGGCCAAUUCCCCUGGCUACACAGAUUUCUGCUGGGGAAUCGCCUCGUCGAAAAGUUGCUCCUCGGAAAUAACGCGCUGAAUGGCGCUGCGCUAGACUUGGCCCUUGGCCAGGUUACAAAGUUCCGAGAACGAGCGGACGAGGAUACGGAAAAACCCUCGACCUUUGUACACAGGCUAUUAGAACAGCAGAGGAAACACCCGGAAUCUAUCACGGAUCGGGAACUCAACACCCACGCCUUUGGCAAUAUCACUGCUGGUGCUGACACGACGACCAUUGCCAUGCGAACCAUCGUGUUUAACGUGCUGAAGAACCCUGAGGUUUACCGCGCCCUAUGUUGGGAGAUCCGCGAGGAGGCCAAAUUGACUUUUCCGGUUUCAUAUCAAGCUGCCAGUGAGCUUCCGUACCUUGACGCCGUGAUCAAGGAAGCGCUUCGGAUUCAUCCGCCAAACGGCGUCAUGUAUCCUCGGACGACACCAGAACAAGGCGCUACAAUCUGCGGUUAUUACAUACCUCCCGGCACCGAAGUGGGCAUAAGUCCAUGGGUUUUACACCACGAUCCCGAAUUAUUCCCCCAGCCCGAGAAAUUCCAACCGGAGCGCUGGCUGACCCCCGACACGGAGCUUCUGGCGCGUAGGAAACGUUCGUUGUUCGCGUUCAGUGCCGGUUCUCAUACUUGCUUGGGGAAGAAUCUCAGUCAACUGGAGAUUACGAAGAUCGUCGCGUCGUUGAUAGUGCAAUACGACAUAGCGCUCACAGACCCGGGAGCAGAGCUGUCGUUUAAAUGUCGCUGGUUUACCCCCCAGAAGGGCUUGUUGGUCAAGCUCAGCAGACGACCUUAA